GAGUUGACUCCACAUGAGAAAGCGCUACAAGGGCAACAUGACAUAGCAUCCGCGAGCGGACAUGGAUAUCUCAUCUACGACAACUCAUUCAAGAAGAUCAUUGGCCCUUCCGCAACUUUGGGUUGUGUCCUUGAGGAUGAUUUGCCAUUUGCACAUGAAGCUGGUGUAUACUUCCCUGACCAAGACUCGCUAUUUGUCACCAGUAACAGGUGCAAGUCGGACCAGUCUGAUAAGGAUUGUAUCAUGGUUCACAAGCUCAAAAGAGAGCGCGAAGGUAUCUGGACAAAGGAGAGGAUCGAGACCGACAUAAUGAUGGCAAACGGUGGCGUCAACUACCAGUCCGGCGUCCUAUUCUGCGCUCAGNNGGGAGACCACUCGUCCAAGGGCGGUCUCGUUCUCAUGGAAGCUGAGGCNCCCUACAGUGUCCAGAUGCUCGUGGACAGCUAUCAUGGGCGAAGGUUCAACUCAGUCAACGAUGUCGUGAUCAAGUCAGACGGGGCAGUAUGGUUCACCGAUCCGAUCUACGGCUCAGAGCAAGGCUUCUGCCCGAAGCCGCAGCUGCCAAACCAGCUGUACCGAUUCGAGCCAGAAACCGGNGGUAUCAGAGCAGUCGCCGAUGGAUUUGGGCGACCGAACGGAUUGUGCUUCUCUCCCGAUGAACAGACACUCUAUGUGACAGACACAGAGUGGAUCCAUGGUGACGGAACCAUAGACGAUACUCGUGCAUCUUCCAUCUAUGCGUUCGAUGUGAUUCGACGUUCAGGGGCGGAUUUCCUGGCCAAUCGUCGGCUCUUCGCCAUGGCAGACACCGGCAUCCCAGAUGGUAUCAAGUGCGAUACGGUUGGAAAUGUCUAUUCGGGAUGUGGAGAUGGUCUGAACGUCUGGAAUGCCGGAGGCACUCUGAUCGGCAAGAUUCUGGUCCCUGGUGGUGUGGCAAACUUCUGCUUUGGCCGCAGUGGGGAACUGUUCUUGCUGAACGAGACAAGGUUUUGGCUCGCGAAGAUUGCACCUUCAGUCAAAGGCGCUUUAUUGAAGGGCAUGGGCGUUGAUUGCGACAAGCUUGGAUAG